UGGGUUGGAUGUGCGGGCCGCAUUGAAAGGCAGCGGCAAAUCAACCAACUUUGAUAGAUCAGGUUCAUUGUUAGUUAGCUCUCUGUGAGAGGCGUCAGGCCCAAGAUGAAAGAAGACAUAAAGGAACACUUCUUUGAGGGUGUGGAAAAACUGCUGGAAGUUUGGGUGGGUUCAUCUUCUGACCAUUUCAACAAGAACUGUGAUCUGAGAGCAAUCCCCAGGGAGGCACUGGACCAGCUUAUGGAAGAUGCCAAGUGCGAGAUCAUCAGCACCAGGUCGAGCAGCCUGGUUGAUGCCUAUGUUCUCAGCGAGAGCAGCAUGUUCAUCUCGCGCUGCCGUUUCAUCCUGAAGACGUGCGGCACCACCACGCCUCUCAAGUGCAUCCACCGCCUACUCGGCUUCGUCAAGCAAUACACCAGCUUCACCCAGGUGGAGGACAUUUUCUACUCGCGGAAGAACUUCCGUCAUCCGCACCUGCAGGACGAGACUCAUCGCAGCUUCAGCGCCGAGGUGGCCGCCCUCGAGGACAUGUUCCCCACCGGCUCCGCCUACUGCCUGGGCAAGAUGAACGGCGACUGCUGGUACCUGUUCACGCUGGACCGGCCGUACGCGCUGCAGGCGGGCGGCCGUAUGGCGCCGCUGCCGGCGCCGCCGCCGCACGCGCCCACGCGCCGCCAGCCGGACCAGACGCUGGAAGUGGUCAUGACCGACCUGGGCGAGGACGUGAUGGGGCUGUUCUAUCAGAGCACGUGCGCCACCGCCGCGGAGGCCACCAAGCGCUCGGGGAUCGACCUGCUGCUGCCGGGCGUCAACAUCGACGACGUGCUGUUCGAGCCGUGCGGCUACUCCAUGAACGGCCUGCUGGACAAUGGGUGCUACGUGACCAUCCACAUCACGCCGGAGCCUGGAUUCAGCUACGUGUCGUUCGAGACCAACAUCCCGCAGUCGUGCUACAAGGACGUCAUCAACCGUGUCAUCGACUGCUUCAAGCCCGGGAAGGUGCUCGUGACCGUCUUUGCCAACAAGACGUCCAAGGCGAACGCCUUCACUCGCCAGCUGUGCCUGCCGUCGAUCCGGCCCAAGUACGCGCAGCGCGACCUGCAGUACUGCAGCGUGCGCGGCUACGACCUCGUCUACGGCCUGUUCGACUGCUGGCCGUCCUAGUGGGCGGCGCGGCCGCGGCGCCGGCGGCCGGGCGUCGGCGGGCCGCGG